CUUCCCCACGAUUACUCUCAACCUCGUUAUGGGCAAAUGAGACAUAUACGCACUCGUAUAACGAGCGCAUCUCCUCUUACUUACCUCUCGGGCUUCGGGCUUUUUUAUAAAUCCAUAUUUUUUGACCGCACACGACAGUUUGCAGCUAUCGGUUCUUGGCCCCUUCAACAUGAUCGAAGACGAUUUCUAUCGCACCUCGUCGCAGUUCAAACUGUGGUCUUUCACGGAGGAAUCAUUGCAAUCACUAAGGCAAAAUACAAACACCAUCGCCAGUGACCGUGUGCGAGUUGCGCUACGGAGGGCGCGUGAGGCACGACAAUCGGCCAACUCUUCAGCGGCAGGAACCCCAACCGCAAAUCCGAAUGGAAGUGAUGCAGAUAGCAGAGCUGGUGAAGAAAGGGACAUUGAAUGUCUGACACCAGAGGAGGAGCAGGACUUGGUGCGGUAUUUCUGUGAGCAGAUUAUCCAGCUCGGAGAGAGUUAUAAGCCUCCACUUCCAACGAUAGUAAGGGCCACCGCGAUACAAUACCUCCGUCGAUUCUAUCUUACCAACUCUCCCAUGACAUAUCAUCCUAAAACUAUCAUGCCCUGUGCUCUCUUUUUGGCGAACAAGACCGACAACUUCUGCAUGUCUCUCCGGCAAUUCGCAGACGGAGUUCCCGGUGACACGACAGCAGAAGAUAUCAUCACCCCAGAGUUUCUUGUCAUGCAAAGUCUCCGGUUCACCUUUGAUGUCCGCCACCCCUUCCGCGGCCUGGAGGGGGGCAUAAUGGAACUACAAGCCAUCGCGCAGGGACAGGGCCAACCCGCACCUCAUUUCCCACAGCAAACACCAGAGGACCUUCACCGGGCUCUACACUCUCUCCAAUCUUCUCCAAAUGCGCCUCCAUCAUCUUCUGUAUCAGACCGCCUCGCCCGAGCUCACCAUACCACCCGCGAAAUCCUCAAAUCUGCCGCCCAGAUGACAGACGCCUACUUUCUCUACACCCCUUCUCAAAUCUGGCUCUCAGCUCUUAUGAUCGCCGACAGCCCUCUAGCUGAGUUCUAUCUCGACUCCAAACUUGGCGCCCCUAACUCACAGCCCGGGAACCCACUCUGCGAGCUUCGAACAAAACUCUACACUACUCUAACGAAGUGCUCCAACCUCCUCCAAUCCUAUACACCACUAGCCUCGGACCCAGAUCAAAAGAAAGUGAUGCGACGCAUUGGCAAGAAGCUGUAUCAUUGCCAGAACCCGGAAAAGGUGAACCUGGCGGGCCACAAGCGCAUCCCCGCCGCCGCCGCCACAGCUCCAAGUGAUCCAGCGACACCAGAAAGCGAAAUGGAGCGAAUAGCUAAAAAACGGAAACUAGAGCGGGAGCAGAAGAGCAGAGAGGCACAGGAUAUCUUUGGGGGGGAAUUGGUCAUGCAGCGGACAAAAGAACCGCAGCCUUUGGAAUAAUCUCUAAUUCAAGCUAAAUAAUACAUACUUUCGAAUUUCUCCCAGCAAGCAACCGAUCAAAAAAGACAUGACCAUCCCAAUUUCCGUCUUACUUUAUAUCAAAACAAACAAACCAAUCCCCUAACCAAGCAGCACAUUAUAGAUCAAGCUCUGACUUUCCAGAUACAUACCUAAUUAAUUAUCCUUACCCAUACUGAAGACUCCAGAAAACAAGUCAGCUUUAAGUACGUAUAGUGACGUUCGCAAUAUAUAUAUGUACCAACUC